AAUGCUAAGUUUCUUAAGAUACUAUAUUUUUGGAUAGUAUCUCUUGUUGAAUUGGAAGACCCAGCGGUGUGUAAUACCCCUCAGGCUUUAGCUUAACCAGAAAAGAUGUUGUUCCAGAACAUUUCCGCAAAGGAUGUGGUAACGGCCAGGAUGGAGCCACAGCUCAUUGUACCGUUAGCGGCAAUUAUCCUGACCACAUGCACCAUCGGGAUUUUGGGAAACAUCCUAAUUUUAGUAGCAGUUCUAAUCAGUCAGAGACUGCGAACAGUUGGAAACAUGUUCAUUAUCAACUUGACGCUGAUAGAUCUGGUGAUGUGUUGUAUUGUCAAACCCAUGGCACUAACAGAAUACCAAUCAGGCUUUAGCUUAACCAGAAAAGAUGUUGUUCCAGAACAUUUCCGCAAAGGAUGUGGUAACGGCCAGGAUGGAGCCACAGCUCAUUGUACCGUUAGUGGCAAUUAUCCUGACCACAUGCACCAUCGGGAUUUUUGGAAACAUCCUAAUUUUAGUAGCAGUUCUAAUCAGUCAGAGACUGCGAACAGUUGGAAACAUGUUCAUUAUCAACUUGACGCUGAUAGAUCUGGUGAUGUGUUGUAUUGUCAAACCGAUGGCACUAACAGGUAUAUUUGCUGGCGGUGAUUUUUACAACCACCACCAAACGUUGUGUAUAGUGACGGCCAUGAUCACAGUUACCUUGUGCGUUUCCUCCAUCAUCAACAUCGUGGCCAUCGCAAUCAACCGUUACGUGCAGGUAUGCCUCAGCGGUUCUUACAAUAGCAUCUACACACGCAGGAGAGCAGCUGGAAUGUGCGUCGCAAUCUGGGUGAUAGGUUUUCUCCCCAACUUCUAUUACAUAUUCGCAGGUGUGCCCUAUCGCUUUGACCCCAAACUGCUGCUUUGUCUAUACGAUAGGGACAGCAGCUACCAUUUCAACAUUGGGCUGUACACACUGUGUCUCUGGCAGAACGCUAUCGUUGGACUCGUUUACUGGAAACUCUUUCGCCUUGUUGCCAAGAGUUCCCAGCGCUUGUCUCGUCCUUCGUCCGAGUCCAGCAGCCUCCUUAAGGCCGUCUUCACCAUCUUCCUUGUCUACACGGUGUGUUGGGGACCUUUUCUCUUUAUCGGCCUAAUCGAUGGACAUGACAGAGCUCCCAGGUUGGCCUAUGUGAUCACUGUUUGCAUGGCGCUCAUCAACUCUAGCUCUGAUUGGAUUACUUACACCCUUAACAAUCGUUACUUCAAAGAAGCUUACAGACAAAUCUUUGGAUGCAAAGCUCCUGAGCCGAACAACUGCAAAUCUUCGAAUUCUCCGAAUACGGAAAGGUUCAGUAAUAUCAAGUCUAGCAUACGAAAUUAUUGAGAUGCUGUAAUGACCAAACGAGAACGUGACAACUGUUGACACCACGAACUUUCAGAUUGUAGAGUUACUCCUGUUUGAACUGCCAAUACAAAAUUUUACUACAUUUUGAUGUUGCAAAGUUGCUAUAGACCUAUAGCAUGAUUUGCCACCUAAUAUCAAAAGUGUACUCUAUAAAAAUAUACUCUAGUACGAACCUAUUACCUUAUGUGGUAGCAGUAAUAAAACCUUGCCAACCAGAACCCAAACCUAAUAUAAAAGUGUACAUACUCCAGUACGAGUCUGUCUGUCACCUUAUUCUGGCGUGAUAAACUUGAUGCCCAGAACCCAAACCUAAUAUGAAAGUGUACAUACUCGAGUUCGAGACUGUCUGUCACCUUAUUCUGGCGUGAUAAACUUGAUGCCCAGAACCCCCAAGUAUGAUACUGCCAAUUUACUUUGAUCCCUUUGUCUCUUAAUAGCAAGAGUGUACAUACUCGACUACGAACCUGCCACCAUGUGCUAGCGUGAUAAAUUUACCACCCACAGCCAAAAACUGCAUGUGUAUACUGGGGUAUGAUUCCGAUAAUUUAUCUGGUGCUAUAGCACGAAAAGUUUGCCCGCACAAUCCCAAAACUGUACUACCAUACGAGUACAACACAGUCUAUGGCUAGCGUGAUAAACUCGUCACCCGAAUCCAAACUGUUCUGGGGUAUGCAACUGACUGGUACCUGCUCGCACAGCGUGAUGGCUUUACCAUGCACCCAGUUUCAAAAGUAUACUGAGGUACGAACCUUUUACUAGCCUCAUACCUUGUCACACAAUCCCAAGGUAUUUGUACUCGAUACACUCUUUUAACCCAAGUACUCACACUUAAGGCUGGUAAUCAGUGCCCUAAUCAAUCCUAAAUAAGCACUGGCGCAGCACACUGGUAACCUUCAGAGAACUUUUAGCAAUCCUUAAAUGUAAGAUACUGUUACUAGCGCCUUGACAUUAGCAACCAAUCAAAAUGUACAGCCGUAUUAAAUCGACUUGUAACGUCUUAACAUUGCCAAACAAUCUUAAAAUAUACUGGUGUAUUGAAGAGUAGUAACGCCUUAACAUUGCCAACGGGUCCUGAAAUGUACUGGCGUAUUAAAUAGACUGGGGACACCUUAUCAUUGCAAACCAAUCUUAAAAUGUACUGGCGUAUUAAAGAGGCUGGUAGAACUAAUAACUUAGCUGGUAGAACUAAUAUAGAUAGCACUAAUGUUUUGCAACUGAUAUCAGGUAUGCAGAUAAUGUAGACGUUCUAUAUGAUGCUUGAUAUGUACAUGUGAUAGUGGAUAUGUUGAUGUAUAGCAUAAACUAAUCUUACAGAUGUUUUGUAACCAAUAUCAGCUCCCUCGAGAUGUCAAGUAUGUAGACAACUUAUACUCUAUACUUGAUGUUUGAUACUGAGAUAUGACAAUUGAUAUGUUCACGUAUAGUACAAACCGAUUUACAGAUGUUUCAUAACCGAUAUUAAUUCUGUCGAGAUUUCAAAUGCGAAAGCAACUUAGACACUGUACUAGAUGCUUGAUACGAUAUGAUAGCUUUAUUUGUUUUAUUUGAUUGGUGUUUUACGCCGUACUCAAGAAUAUUUCACAUGUACGGCGGUGGUCAGCAUUAUGGUGGGAGGGAACCGGGCAGAGCCCGGGGAAAACCCACGAUCAUCCGCAGGCUGCUGCCAGACCUUCACACUUACA